AUGCAACCGAAAAAGAAGCUCUUGCCCAAGUCCGCAUUUCUUGUGAAGAAAUAUGAACGUCAUUUCAGGAUUUUAUUCAUUGCUUUCAUCACGGUCCUAUGUUUCGUGUUCUUUACACGGUCCGGGCCUGUACCCGCAGAGAACUCAGCAAACCUAGGGACUCCAAGUGCAGUAAAUAAUGCUAAGACGCCAGCUGAGCAGGCAAAAACUGCACCACCACCACCACCACCUGUUUCUGGUGGUAGUGCGGCCACGAGUAAGAAGCAAUUGUUAAUGCCAUUUGCCGAUAAACAGCAAGGCAUUGUGUAUCCAGAGGACGAUGGUGUUAGAGAGAAGGCCACAAUGGUGACUCUAGCUAGAAACAGCGAUUUGUGGAAUCUUGUAACAUCUGUCAGACACGUUGAAGACAGAUUCAACAAGAACUACCACUACGAUUGGGUAUUUUUGAACGAUGAGCCAUUCAACGAAGAGUUCAAGAAGGUGAUGACUUCUCUGGUGAGUGGUACCGCUAAGUUUGGGCUCAUUCCAAAGGAGCACUGGUCUUUCCCAGACUGGAUUGACCUGGACAAGGCUGCUGCUGCUAGAAAGAAGAUGGGGGCUGAAGGUAUUAUCUACGGUGAUUCCGUCUCCUACAGACACAUGUGCAGAUAUGAAUCAGGCUUCUUCUGGAGACAUGAGUUGCUAGAUGAGUACGAAUGGUACUGGCGUGUCGAACCCGACAUCGUGCUCUACUGUGACAUUAACUACGACGUGUUCAAGAUGAUGAAGCAGAACAACAAGAAGUACGGUUUCAUCUUGUCGGUCAGCGAGUACGAGUCAACGAUUCCAACCUUGUGGGAAACCACCCAGAACUUCAUGAAGGAGUACCCACAGUACGUCAAGGAAAAGAACAUGAUGGACUUUGUCUCUAACGACAAAGGGCAAACGUACAAUAUGUGCCACUUCUGGUCCAACUUCGAGAUUGCGUCACUAGACCUAUGGAGAUCCCCUGCGUACCGUGCAUACUUUGAUUACUUGGACAAGGCUGGUGGAUUCUUCUACGAAAGAUGGGGAGACGCCCCAGUUCAUUCCAUUGCCGCUUCCAUAUUCCUAGAACCAGAAGAGUUCCACUUCUUCGACGGUAUCGGCUACUACCACCCAGGCUUCACCUCAUGCCCCGUUGAAGAGCAGGUCAGACUACAUAACAAGUGUAUUUGCGACCCUUCGAAGGACUUGACCUGGGCCCAAUCCUACUUCUGUACCAGAAAGUACUUCAAGGUCCGUGGCUUGCAAGUCCCAGAGGAAGUAAGGUAA